AUGACUAGGUCAGCAACUCGCAGUAAAAGCCAGCAGCAUUCCUUCGUGGAACAAAUUGCUGAAAAAUUUAAUGGAGUUCACAGUAACUUCGUAUUGGGAAGUACUAAAGAAAAUAAUCCAAUUGUCUACUGUACGGAUGGAUUCUGUGAAUUAACUCAAUAUAAUCCGCAAGAAAUCAUUCGACGAAAUGGAAAUUGCAAUUUUCUGUAUGGGGUUAAAACUCCACAGGAUCAUAUUGACGCAAUCCGGACAGCACUGGACGAACAGACUGAAUUUCAAGUUAAAACUAUCUUUUAUAAAAAGGACGGAUCGCCAUUCGACUGUUUAUUCGAUAUUUUACCUAUUAAGAACGAUGAUGAUAAAGUAGUCAUGUUUGUUGCCUCUCAUAAAGAUUUAUUAAAUCAAUCAUUUGAUGAAUCAGGUAGGAAAGAGUAUAUCUAUAUGCUAAAUGCAUUUAAGAUAAUUAGAAUUAGAUUUCGGGCUGUCCUUUAUCACCUUUCUGAACAACUUUCAUUUAAUGGACAGACUAAAACGGAAACGGAUAAAAUAACUGAAAGACUAGUUUUAACCGCGAAGAAUGCUAAUGAUGUAAAAGUUAAGCACGUUCAAAGGCCUAUUUUCCUAAUACUACAUUAUAGUCGAUUAAAAUUAGCUUGGGACUGGAGUAUCAUCGCCUUGACAUUUUUUAUUGCAAUUAUGGUUCCGCUUUUCGUCGCAUUUAAAAUCUAUAGUUUACCGGUAGUCAUCCUACCUCAAAUAUGCUUCAUUAUAGAUAUUCUACUUAAUUUUCGAACUACUUAUAUCGAUAGUCAUGGCCAUAUUGUAUAUCAAAGUAAAAGAAUAGCCGCUAAUUAUAUGAAAACUUGGCUCAUUAUCGAUCUUACGGCCUCUAUCCCGUUAGAACUUAUUAUCGACUACGAAAAUGCAUCGCUAUCUCUUCCGGUGACCUUAUUGAAAUUGCUUCGACUCCUCCAUCUAAUUCACUUUAUGGCCUAUUGCGAUCGUAAAUUCGAAUAUAACGCUGCAGUUUUAGCCUUGCUAUUACUAUCGUUUGCAACAUUAGCUCAUUGGCUUGCAUGUAUCUGGUAUAUUAUUGGAAAUCAAGAGCUUAUGAAUAAUCAGCGCCUUGGUUGGUUAUACGAGCUAUCGUUAUCGCUCAAUGAACCGUAUUAUAACAGUACAUCGGGUGGACCAUCGCUGCAGGAUAAAUAUGUUACCGCAUUAUAUUUUACUUUAAGCAGUCUUACUACGGUGGGAUUUGGCAAUGUUUCUGGUAAUACCACAGCGGAGAAAGUGUUUGCCGUCAUAACUAUGAUUAUUGGAUCUUUGAUGUAUGCAGUAAUAUUUGGUAAUGUAACUGCAAUUAUUCAGCGAAUCUAUUCAGCUAGAUCGAAAUUUCGAUCGCGAAUGUAUGAUAUCCGGCAGUUUUGUCAUGCUUAUCAUUUGCCAAAGCAGUUAAAAUAUCGCUUAGAGGACUUUACUUACACCGAUUGGUCCGUCACUAAUGGCAUUAACAAAGAAGAGGUUUUAAAAACAUUACCUGUUGAGCUGCAAACUGAUAUCUGCCAGUACUUACAUCGAGAAUUUCUUGGCUUGUCGCUUUUCCAAUCAGUCAGCAAUGGCUGUAUGAGAAAUCUUUCCAGCCGAAUUCAAACAAGUUACUGUGCUCCAAGUGAGAUUGUCAUCUAUGAAGGAGAGUUGUAUCAUCCUCUAUAUUUUGUCGCUAGUGGAACACUGCAGGUCUUUCGAAAUGAUGUUGUCGUAGCGAUAUUAGGUCACGGUGAUUUAAUUGGGGAAUUCCCACUUCAAAGUACAAGUUCCCAUCUUCCAAAGUCUACUGGAACCGUUAAGGCCUUGACAUAUUGUGAUUUACGCUACAUUAAUCAUUUCGAUUUAAAACAAGUUACUGAAUCCUAUCCUGAACUUGGACAAGUGCUACAAAAUGAGUGGAAUUUGGCAUAUAAUUUGGGAGAAGAUGAUGUACCGGUGAGCAAAUAUAAAUAA